AUCGGUUGGGUAAACUCAUAAUAAAACUUCAACGUUGUCGUCGUCGUCGUCACAACUAGUAUUUUGUAAACAAUUUCAGUUUCUAUUCACAGUAUUUUAUGAUACGCAAACAAGUGUGUUACAGUCGUCGUUCGCUUACGUUGUCGUUGUAGUCGUCACUUUUAACGCUUUUAUUUCAAACAAUUCAUUUAAUUACGACGGUGAUAUAUUUAAAACUUUAACGCUUAAUGUUAUAGUGUUAUAAAGAAAUAUAUAAUCAACAUAUAUAAAAUAAAACAUAAUUAAGCAAUUGCCAUCACAAUUUCUAAAAAAAAAAUCACUUGAGGCCUAAACAUUAUUGUGAAUUGUCGCAAUCAUUAUAAACAAAUUACAAUAAAAUUAAUAAUAAAUAAUUUGCCAUUUAGAAAAAGUACUCUUAAUUAAGAGAAACAAAUAAUUGGAAUUAUUAUUGGAUUAACAGAACAAAGUUUUAAACAGUUUAAGAAAAGAGAGUGUGUAAAUUUUUUACAAAAAUAAAGUGAGUGCAAUAAUCAACAAUCAACAAUAUUGAUCUGUCAUUAAGUCAAUUGUCAACAAUAUAACGGCAGUAAUAAAAGAACAAAAAUAAUAAGACAACAACGCGUGCAAAAACAAAAAAAAGUAAACGCAAAAAGUUUUGAAAUAAAUUAAUGUUAAAAAACAAGAAAAUGUUAAACAUAAACUAUAAAAAAUAAUUUAAAGAAAUUAAAAAAAAAAAAAAUAUUUUUAAUUAUCUAUGAAUUAAAACCUAAAACCAGUGUUAUUAUAAAUAAAUACAAAACAAAAACAAAACGAUUUUCUAAAAAUCGUUUCUAACCUCAAAUUAUUAAUAAAGAAAUUAUCAAUUAUUUACCCUUAAAUUACAAAAAAAAAACCCUUUAAAAAUGGUCUCCUAUUACAAUACCCUGUCCUAUCCUCAAAAACACAGUGCUGCCAAUUUGGCCUAUUCAGCUGGUCAGCCUUGGCAAUGGACUGCCAACUAUCAUACACCACCCAAUCAUCAAUAUCUGGGUGAUAUGGAUUCUCCUCAUGCUGCCCAUCAUCAAAUGUAUUACAAUCCUCAUGCCAUGUUCCAUUCAGCCUCCAAUGCUGCCGCCGCUGCCUCCGAAUGGCAUUCUCCCUCCUCAGCCGAGAAUUUCGCUCAAAAUGCUCAAAUGCUGCAACAACAACAUCAAUUACUUAAUGGUUCGGCUGUGGCUAAUGGUUCUACACCUUCCUCUUCGUCAGGCAGUUCCACUACAACAUCGGCUGGCCCCGCUUCGGGUAGUACACAAUUGAAUGAAACUGUCAGCAGUAUUGGUGAUCAACAACAACAACAACAGCAUCAACAGCAGUCAUCACAACAACCACCUCACAUUACCGAAGGUUUACCUUCGCCACCGAUAACAGUUAGUGGUAGUGAAAUAUCUAGCCCAGGUGCACCAGCAUCUUCUUCAUCACCCCAUCAUAUUGCUCAUCAUUUGAGUAACAAUAAUAAUAGUCCUUCAACUGCUAAUAACAAUAAUAACAACAAUAAUACCACAAUUAAUAAUAAUCAUCGUUCGUCGCCGAUUAAGUCGCAUCAGUACUAUGAAUGGAUGAAAAAGCCAUCGUAUCCGGCUCAACCAGCUCCCGGCAAAACUCGCACCAAGGAUAAAUAUCGUGUUGUCUACACCGACUUCCAACGUUUAGAACUCGAGAAAGAAUACUGCACCUCGCGCUACAUUACCAUACGCCGUAAAACCGAACUAGCCCAAUCGUUGUCGCUGUCCGAACGUCAAGUGAAAAUCUGGUUCCAAAAUCGACGAGCCAAAGAGCGUAAACAAAAUAAGAAAGUUAACGAACCCACCUUAGGUGGUGUACAACAUCCGGACUAUGCUAAUCUUAUGGAUACAAAACCCAAAUUGGAACCGGGUCUACACUUACAACACUCCCUACACUCCAUCAAUUCCAUGGCCAUGUCAAUGCCCGCCAUGAGACUACAUCCUCACCUACACGGUCAUCCAUUGGCCGUAAGUGCUCACUCACAUCAUUUGCAACAGUCGCCACAUGCUCAAAUAUCUGCAGCUGCUGUCGCCAGUGUGGGUUCAUUAGCGAUGUGACCACCUUAUGGCCGUAUUAAUGGUAGAGAAAAUAGUUUAGUGGCAGCAUCAACAGCAACUAUGAAUAGCAGUGGUUGUGUUGUAGGUUCGGAUAGUGUUUUACAUGAUAUGGUAGUUAAUUCUGGAUCCGCUGCAAUGGAGUCAGAUCAUGAUACCGCUGAAGUAGAGGCUGCUUUAGCGGUAGUUGCUGCUGCCCAUAAUAGUAGUAAUAAUCACAAUCUUAAUGUAUCGUGUAACAACAACACUUGUCCUAGCGAAAUCUUAAACACCCCCUUACACUGUAUUUAGGCCUAAACCAGCACUUUAGCAUAAAACGUUAAAAGGGUUUUAAUAUUAAUUUAUAAAAUCUUAAGAAUUUUGAGGGCAUUUUUUUUUUUGGAAAUAUCUAAAACAGAUGUGUACUUUCUGUAAAUAGUUGUUUUAGUAUGUGAUCAUCAGUUGAAUAUUGCACGUGUUGUCUUUUGUGAUUGUAUAUUCCAACUGUUGUUAAAGCAUGCUAAAGCCCUUUCCUUUCCCCCUUCCUUAAAAAUGAUAACACAUCGUAUUACUAACUAGCAAAUACUAUAUAUAAAAAAACUCCCUCAAAAUCCUUAUCUAAGUAAAAAUUUUUAUGUUUUUUUAUUUUAUUGUUUUUUGUUUUCAGUUUUUUUUUCGUUUAUUAUUAUUUUUAAUUUAAUUAAUAGUAUUAAGCUGAAAUAUGUUUAAAUCCUAAAAUAAGUUAGAUUUUAAACAAUAAAAUCUAUAACAAAUUCUAGAAAAUAUGUAUGUAUAAUGAAAAGUUAAAAAAAAUCAUUGCCUUAAAUAAGCUUAAUUAAUUAAAAAUAAAACAAAAUAUCUAUAGCCGUCCUAAUAAAACAAAUACACAUUUAAAAUAUACUAUAUGGAAGAAAUAAUUUAAGUUAUCACCUUUUUAAAACAUUCCCUUUUGUAAAUCUAUAUGCUUUUUCCAGUUCCUGUGCAAUUUUUUCCCCUUAAUUCUUUCUCCUUAACUUUUCAUACUUUUUUUCCUUGUAAAUAUUUGAAUUUUUUUCUUUCUUACACUGUUUAAAUUUAUAUAGAAUUUUAACGUUUAUUACUUAUUAAAUAAUAAGAAAAAACUUAAUAGUUUAGUAAAAACAAUUUAAAAAUAAAUUAAAUAUUUUAUAUAAUUUUCCUACGUACAAAAAUACCCACACACACACACAAACUACUACUUAUUAAAAUAAUUAUUUUUAAAUUGUUUAUCAUUGUGGAAAUUUAAACAAUUUAUCUUUGGAAAAAUCUUAAUUUAGUGUAAUUAAUAAAAAUCAAAAUUUGUUUACUAGCUAUGUACUAUUUAUGUAUAAAAAAAUAAUUAAUUUUAAGUAAAUAUGCUAAAAAACAAAUCACAAUGUAAAUUUUCUAAUAAAUUCACAAAAUUAAUAAAUUAAUUGACAAAUU